AACUUUUGUGACACUAUCAGGGAUGUCUUCCUUAAGUGGGAAUGUACAAACCGUUUUGGGCCUUGUAGAACCAAGCAAACUGGGACGCACCUUGACCCACGAGCAUUUAACAAUGACCUUCGACGAUUUUUACUACCCACCUCCUCCAUGCCAUGAAGCUACCUCCAAGGAACCUAUCAUGCUGAAAAAUUUAUUCUGGAUUCAGAAAAAUCCUUAUUCCCAUCAAGAGAACCUUCGGUUGAAUCAGGAGACGGAAGCCAUUAAGGAAGAACUGUUGUAUUUCAAGGCUAAGGGUGGAGGAGCCUUGGUGGAGAACACGACCACUGGGCUCAGCAGGGACGUGCAAACACUGAAGUGGUUAGCAGAGCAAACUGGAGUCCACAUCAUAGCUGGAGCUGGGUUUUAUGUUGAUGCAACUCAUUCAGCAGCAACCAGGGCCAUGUCAGUGGAGCAGCUUACAGAUAUCCUUAUUAAUGAAAUUCUCCAUGGAGCUGAUGGAACCAGUAUCAAGUGUGGAGUUAUUGGAGAAAUCGGCUGCUCCUGGCCUUUGACGGACAGUGAGAGAAAGGUACUUCAGGCGACAGCUCAUGCCCAGGCUCAGCUUGGCUGUCCUGUCAUCGUCCAUCCUGGAAGGAGCCCAGAUGCACCAUUUCAGAUCAUCCGCAUAUUGCAGGAAGUGGGUGCAGACAUCUCUAAAACAGUUAUGUCCCACCUCGACAGGUCUAUAUUUAAUAAGAAGGAGCUGCUUGAGUUUGCUCAACUUGGCUGCUACUUGGAAUAUGAUCUCUUUGGUACGGAGCUCCUUAAUUACCAGUUCAGCCCAGAUAUCGAUAUGCCUGAUGAUAACAAAAGAAUUAGAAGGGUCCGCUUCCUGGUGGAUGAGGGCUAUGAAAAUCGGAUUCUCAUAGCACAUGACAUACACACGAAGCACCGACUGAUGAAGUAUGGAGGUCACGGCUACUCGCAUAUUCUCACCAACAUUGUUCCUAAGAUGCUUCUUAGAGGAAUAGCCGAGAGAGCAGUUGAUAAGAUCCUCAUAGAAAACCCUAGACAAUGGCUCACGUUUAAGUAGGAUGGCUGUUGAUGAACACAGACCUCAAGGAUAAAAUUUGCAGAGAAUAUUCGGUGACUUCAAAUCUAUCUGAGACUUUAAUCCAAACUACACAAGGCCAAUGACUGAUCACUUUCCUCCUAUAAGAAACUGGGUGAUGCCUUUCCCCCCUUCUCUUUCCUCUCUCUCUCUCUCUCUCUCUCUCUCUCUCUCUCUCUCUCUCUCUCUCUCUCUCUCUCUCUCUCGCUCUCUUUCUCCCCUUCUCUCCCAAUAAAGCUCUAAAAAGUUAAAAAGUUAAAAAAAGAAAGGAAGAAAGAAACUGGGUGACUAUCACAGGGAAAUCUCUGAUUGGGGGCUUACUGGGCUCAAGUAAGUUCUAUUGUUUUACCAAAAAAAAAAAAAAGAAAGAUACAAAAGAGCAUGUCCCCAAACAGUAAUUUAAAGCUGUAUCUCCCAAGAGUCGUUUUUUUCCCCUGACUCUAUCAUCUACACUACUUGAGAAAAAUGAAAGUGUCUCUAGUUAAGUUGCCCCCUUCUGGAGCAAUCUAAUGUUUCUUGUAAUAUUGAUGAUCCUGCUAAUUAUCCUGCUGUUCUUUAAUUAAUGCUUAAUGAAUAAUAUGGCAUUUUAAAAUCACUUUUGCAACAAGGGAAGUUAAAUUUUGAGACUUUUUUUCCCCAAAGGAGACUGCAAUAAAAUUACCAAUUCACAACAAUAAAAAUAUUUUGGAAGGUGAACUGUGUUUUCCAUCUAUCUCUGUAAACUUAUAAUAAAUCAGUUUUGCUGA